UUAGAUUAAAGUUAAAUGUUAUUAACUUCUUUUUCAUUAAAUGAAUUUGGUUUCGAAUUUAUACCCCAUAUGCCAUACACCCCACUUCGUGAUCUUUUGUCCAAUCAAAAUGGAUUUAGUUUAUAACCUGAAGCGGAUAAAAUCACUUAAAUGAAAGCGUAUUCAGUCAUUUGAAAGACGAAUCUGCACGAAUAAAGUAUACAAAGUAUCAUUAUGAUUGUUUUGUUGUUUAUCGUAUUUGUUGCAAAAGUUAGUACAAGUGACAAUAUUCAAAAAUCAUAUAAUUCACCAUGGCAUUAUGAAUGCAAGGGUGGCUUGUGUAAGAAGGAAUUCAUUACAAAGGAAGUGACUAAUCCCACUUCAUUGGAAGUAUGCGAAUUGUUUUGUGAUGCAUCCAGUUCUCUGUGGCCAAAACCAACUGGUCAUCUAUCUUUGAGCAAAAAUAUGGUCCAAUUUGAUCCAGACAAAAUUAUGUUAGAUGACGUACAAUCUGGAACUCAAAUUAAAUAUCUUCUUGAAAGAAAUAUAGUUUUAUUGAAGAACAUUGUGAAAAAUAUUGGCGGUAAAUUAGCAAAUGCUGGCGGAAUGGAAAUGCUUAUUCGAUGCAAAGGCUAUCUCGAAAUGAACAACAUUAAAUUGACUUUGCACACAGAUGAAAGCUACAAUUUAACUGUAAUACAAAUGGAUAAAACGAAAUUGGAAGUCACGAUCACAGCGAAAUCAUAUUUCGGUAUACGACAUGGUUUGGAAACAUUGAGUCAGUUGAUCGUUUUCGACGAUUUACGAAAUCAGAUUCAAAUUCCGAACGAAAUAUCGAUUAUUGAUGGUCCUGUGUAUUCUUAUCGUGGCGUAUUAUUGGAUACUAGCCGAAAUUUCAUUGACAAGACGUCAAUAUUGCGAACGAUCGACGGUAUGGCUAUGUCGAAGUUAAAUACUUUACAUUGGCACAUUACAGAUUCACACAGUUUUCCCUAUGUUAGCAAGACAUGGCCAGAAUUUUCCAAAUUUGGUUCUUAUGCAACUGACAAGAUUUACAAUCAAGAAGAUGUGAAAGAAAUUGUUGAAUACGGUCUUAUUCGUGGUGUUAGAGUACUACCUGAAUUUGAUGCCCCAGCCCAUGUAGGAGAAGGAUGGCAGUGGGUCGAAAAUGAUACAAUUGUUUGUUUUAAAGCAGAACCGUGGACAAAUUACUGUGUUGAGCCACCUUGUGGCCAGUUGAAUCCCACUAGCGAAAAAGUAUACGAAAUUCUCGAAGGAAUAUAUAAAGACAUGAUUCAGGAUUUUCAGUCGGAUCUAUUUCAUAUGGGUGGAGAUGAAGUGAAUAUAAAUUGUUGGAAUUCUUCAGCUGUUAUUACAAAUUGGAUGCAAACAGUUAAAAAUUGGGAUCUAUCCGAAUCAAAUUUCUACAUGCUUUGGCAUUAUUUCCAACAAAAAGCAAUGGACAAGUUGAAAAUUGCUAAUGAUGGAAAGGACAUAUCUAUUAUUUUAUGGUCUAGUGGUUUAACCAAUGAAGAAAAUAUUAAAUAUUUAGAUCCUGCGAAAUAUAUCAUUCAAGUAUGGACAACCAAACAUGAUAUUACUAUUGGCACAUUGUUACGAAAUAAUUUUAAAUUAAUUAUUUCUAAUUACGACGCUCUUUAUUUAGAUUGUGGUUUUUCAGCAUGGAUAGGGGAAGGUAAUAAUUGGUGUGCUCCUUACAAAGGAUGGCAGAUCAUUUAUGAUAAUUCUCCAUUGAAAAUAAUUAAAUUGCAACAUCUCGAAAGUAAAAGACAUCUCAUAUUAGGAGGUGAAACAGCUCUUUGGACGGAACAAGUCGAUAGCGCGUCAAUUGAUGCAAAAAUUUGGCCUAGAGCCGCGGCAUUUGCUGAGAGAUUGUGGGCAGAGCCCAGUUCAACUUGGAUCCAUGCAGAACAAAGAAUGCUCAGGCAUAGAGAACGACUCGUAAAAAGAGGAAUUUCUGCUGAAAGUUUGCAACCUGAAUGGUGUUCGCAGAAUCAAGGCCUCUGUCAGAAAUCAACAAACUGAAAGAGAGAGGCUCAUGUACGGCGAGGAAAUUUCAAUGAGUGGAGAGAUCGAUGCAAUAGAGGGGAUAGCGCUGAUCAAGAAAGUAGGAGCAAGAACUCGUGAGCUGGUAGUAGUUACACAUCUUUGAAGUAGUUGAUGACGUAAUAGCGAUGUAGACCUCUAUAAAGUAUUUAUAAAGUAACCCAGAAGUAUAAUCAGUAUGAUUAAACUUCUAAGCAUUUUUUUAAAAAUUUGUUUUCCGUUCGAUAAAAAAAGUAGGAGUUGAGUUUGUGUUUCUUGGCUACCGGAAGACCGCCGAUAAUCAUUAUUCACAAUAUUGUGGAUAACCGAUUUUAUCUGAAAUUCCCUAUAGAUACUGAGGUCAAUAUCAGCUAUUCAAGAUUGACUGCUACAGCAAGGACCGUUGUAUUAAUAAUAUAACGAUAGAAUUCAAUAUAUUAGAAAUAUAUAUUAUAUUUAAUUAUAUAAAUCUAUA